GCUUGUCUUACUUGAAUAGCAAAAAUGAAAUUCGCAGUAGUAUUCGCUUGCAUGGUGGCAGCGGUUGCCGCCCAAGUCCGGUAUGAAAAUGAAUUCUACAAGAAGAACCCAUACCGGUACAGCACAUACCGGCCGUUCGUUCCCGUGACCACUCCUACUCCGUUUCUGCCCAUCCCGAUCUCCUCUAUUGCCCCCGUCAGAGUAGUACCCAAGGUAUCUGAGGGUUACGGCGCUGAGACUGUCAAAUUCGGAAAUGAAAUCAACCCCGACGGUUCCUACACCUACUUCUACGAAACCAACAACGGUAUCGCUGCCCAAGAACAGGGAGUUCCCCGUAACCUUGGUGGAAACCCCCCUGCUGUUCCCGUCGUUGCACAGGGCUCAUUCUCCUGGACAUCUCCUGAAGGUGUUCCCAUCAGCGUCAAUUACGUCGCCGACGAGAACGGAUACCAGCCCACUGGUAAUGCUAUCCCCACUUCCCCACCAGUGCCUGAGCAGAUCGCUCGUGCUCUUGCCUACAUCGCCAAGAACAUUCCUCUCAAGAAGUAAGCGAUAAAUCUCACAGACGUAUUUUGGAUUAGGUUUACACCGAAUGAAUAAGAAUAAAUGAAAACAAUACUGGCGCUGUCAGUAAUUCCAUGCUAAUUGUGAUAUAAAUACGUUUUAAACGUCAAAUUGCCGUUAUACUCGU